UAUUAUAAUUUGUCUGUAAAGGUACCCGUUGCCUGCAAAGCAUGUCCAUGUGGUCAUUCAUUUUUUAAUGCAAGACGCAAUUCUAUUAAGAGUCCUCCAAGUCCUGAUAGUGGAGUAAUGAAAACUAGACGGACUAAUCGAAUUAAACGAGAGAAACCAAAUUAUUAUGAUGCUUUAGAAUAUGAUAAACAAUCAAAGAAAAGUGCUAAAAUAAGAAAAGCAACAGAUGCAGCUAGCGACAUUGACUGCCGACAAUUAAAUAAAAAGAAGAAACGUAAAGUGAAAAGUAAAGGAAAGAGUGGGAGUAAUAAUGGAUUAGGAGAUGAUGAUGACGAAAUGGAAGGAAUCAAUGGUUUGUCAGCAGAGAAACAGCUUACAUGCUCUUUGAUAUUGCAAGAAUUAAAUAACAAAAUGAGAGUGGUAGCUUGGAAGCCGACAUGAUCCCUUUUAUUUAUUAGUGGGUCUCUUGUUAUCACAUUCGCUAGCUUUUUUCUUACUGAUUAACUCCAAUAUAAUUAUUUGAUACAGAUAUUGGAGUACUUUUAUGAUACAAUCUGUUAAUUGCAUUCUAAAGCAUUGAGAUAAUAUUAGAUAAUUUUAUGCAUGGACUAAAUAGAUGAAUUCAUAGAUGCGGAAGACUGUUUUUGGUGGUAAAUCUUAUACACACAUGUUUUACAAUAAAUUCUUCUUAUCUUCGCCUUUUACUAUGAGACCACAGUCUGUCAAGACUUUUGAGCAUUGUUUCAUAUAAGAAAUUAACAUCUAAAUAUUAAAACCAAAAGAGCAAAGGCAAUACACGUGAAAAGAAUAUAACUUUUAUUAAAGAUCACUGUGUUUAAAUUA